AUGCUCGCGCAAGUCCGCCAGCUGGCGCAGCCGCCAGACGAGGAUGCGCUCAAGGCGCGCGUGCUUGCGUACCUGAACGCAAACUAUCCGGACUUGGCGUCACUCGAGGGCGCUGGCCCGUCGGCGCUGACACCGAAGAGGCACUCGAGGGGUCAUUCUCUCACCAAGGUGCCGUCUCGCCCGAGCAGGCCUGGGACGCCAUCGGGUCAGCACUCAUCAACCUCUAGGUCAGGAAGGACACUCGACGAGGACAUUGCGUACUGGGAGGAAAGGCAAGAGGAGUCGCAAGCUACGCUUGAGGCCGCCGAAGCAGAGCUGCCAGAUGCGAUCGCUGCGGCGCGGACGGCACUCAAGGGGGUCCUGGAGCGCUCCCAGGAGCUGAGUCUGCGGCGGUACGAGCUGAGCGAUGCGAUCGGCUCCCUUCUGGCCGAGCUCGACAGCUCGCGCUCCCUCGACGACGGAACGACGACGGACGGGGAAGACGGAUGGGGCUUUGACAAUGCCAGCACGAAAUCGAAGCGAGGGCCGACCUUUCUCGAGCAGGUGGAGGCGACGCACGCCGAACUCGCUCUUCAAGCUGACAACAGUGACCGCGUGCUGGACCCGAAGGCGCACGACCCAUCGCCUCUCGCCGCGCUGCCGCUGUUCCGGAGGCUGAACGACGGUGUUGAGAGUACCGAGGCGGCGCUUCCGCCAGGCAUGGCGCUCGUGCAGCAGCUGCACCGCGUGCGCGACGACACUUGGGACGCAUUGAAGGGUGUGCUCGGCGAGCGCCUGUGUGCGGCCGCCAAGCCGCUCGGCUGGCCGAGAAGGGUCGACUAUGCGUCCGCUUCCGUCGAACAGAGGCGGGCGUUUGAGUACGCGUACGCUGACAUGCUCGCGAUGCAGGCAGAGGGUGAGCGUCUCGGACUGCGCCCGACGCCGAGCGAUCCAGCCUGGGCCUCUGGCGUGGGCCUGUACCCGCUUCAAGCACUCGUGGAGCCCAUCAACCUCCGGUUCAGGUACCACUUCAUGGGCAGCCGCUCUACCAACCGUGCGGACAAGCCCGAGUGGGCCUUCUCCUCGAUCCGGGACACGCUCGUGGACCUCUCCCCCUUCCUCUCAGGCUACGUGCAGCCGCUGACGCUCCGGUGCAUGCCGCAGCUGCAAGGCGUCAACGUAGUGGACGAGUUCACGAUGCUCCUGUUCCCGAUCCUGCUCUCGUUCUUGCGUGUCCGUGUGCCCGCGCUACUCUCGCAUCCGGCCCUGCUGGCGCACACAGUGUACCAGUGCGUGCUGUUUGACGACUCGAUCCGCGCUGGCGGCUUCCAACUCGGCCGCACGUCACUGUACGACGGCGGCGAGUGGGAGGGACUCACGGGCGCUGUGCUCCGUGAGGAGGGGUGGUUCGGCAAGUGGCUCGAGGGCGAGAAGCGAUUCGCGGAGGACACGCUGAACGACAUCAUCUCGAGUCCCUCGGCGUGGGAGCUCGACGACGCCGACGACGCAGAGGACGAGAGUGAGGCGGGCGGCCCACGCACCGAGAGUGCUCGCCGCGUGACGUCCCUCCUCCUGCAGAUCACGGACCGGUAUUCCUCCCUCCCCGGCCUUGAAUUCCGGCAGGCCUUCCUGAAGGGUGUCCAGCUCCCCUUGCUCUCCGCGUACCACACGCGCAUCUCGGGCAGUCUCGAUGCCUUCGAGACCCUGUCGUCUGCCUUCGUGCGCGCCGUCCCCGGCUCGCUGACACUGGGCCGGGGCACGGACGAGAAGCUGAAGGGUCCCGCGGGCCUCGAGCGUCUGCUCAAGGCACACGCGUCCGCGGCCCCCGUCAGCGCCUCGCUGCGGGAAUGGGGCGACGAGCCGCUCUUCGUUCAGACGUGUGCUCUUCCGAUCUUGCAGAUCACGGACCGGUAUUCCUCCCUCCCCGGCCUUGAAUUCCGGCAGGCCUUCCUGAAGGGUGUCCAGCUCCCCUUGCUCUCCGCGUACCACACGCGCAUCUCGGGCAGUCUCGAUGCCUUCGAGACCCUGUCGUCUGCCUUCGUGCGCGCCGUCCCCGGCUCGCUGACACUGGGCCGGGGCACGGACGAGAAGCUGAAGGGUCCCGCGGGCCUCGAGCGUCUGCUCAAGGCACACGCGUCCGCGGCCCCCGUCAGCGCCUCGCUGCGGGAAUGGGGCGACGAGCCGCUCUUCGUGUCCAUGUCCGCCGAGCUCGGGAGCGACACCCUAGACACGGGUGUCUGGGACGGCAUGGCGGACAAGUACUCCCGCCUAGCCUAUAGGGCCGAGGACAUGGCUGUCGCGCAAGCAAGCAGUUGCGUCGAGACACAGCUCCGCACCUCCAGGCAGAACUGGGUCACGGACGAGGACGCGCAGCUCGACAGUGCCACCGUCGCCGCUGUGACGGAGUACAGUGCGCUGCUCCGCCUCCUGCCCCGAUAUUUGGCCCCCUCGGCCUUGCUCCGCGUCUAUCGCAGGUUCACGACCCGCGUCGUCGCCGCCAUUGCUGAGAGCAUCGCCUAUGCCAAGUUUAACGCGAACGGGGGUGCCGCAUUCCUCCACCUUGUUCGGGACUGGGUCGCCAGUGCCCACGACGCACUCAGCCCCGUCCUGGGCCAGAGGGCUGGUCUGCUCGAUGCGCCCUGGCGCCGCCUUGAGGAAACGGCGCGCAUCCUCGCCUUGCCGAGCGAUAGCUCGGGGAGCCAGGUGGGCGUCGAGGGCGUCACGUUUGCGCAGGGCAUGGCGGCCGCUUGGGGCGGCGAAGAGGCCUUUGCGAGUCUCCAGGACCGGCUUGGCGUCCGCGACCUUACUAGAGAUGAGGUGCAGGACGUGCUGAGGAAGAGGGAGGAGUGCUGGCGAUGA